GGAGAAGGAUGCAGCUCUCUCUAGGAAACGGGCUCCCUUCCCUUUGGGAAGCGGCUUCCCUGCAGACCCUCCUCCUCUUCUCUGCCGUUCUCCUGAUGCUGGCAAGUUAUGUGCAGAGGAGGAGGCAGCGCCCUAACUUUCCCCCGGGCCCUCCUCAGCUGCCCAUAUUUGGCAACGUCUUCCAGUUAGACAUUAAAAAACCCCACAUCACCAUCCAGGAGUUUGUCAGGAAAUAUGGAAAUAUUUUCUCCAUGGAACUGCUCGGUACUCCCACGAUAGUUGUAACUGGAUUGCCACUGAUAAAGGAAGUCCUAGUCAACCAAGGCCAGGUGUUUAUUGAUCGCCCCAGAUCUCCUUUGCAGUCUUAUGUCUUUAAAUCACAUGGCUUAUUCAUGUCUAAUGGUCAAAAGUGGAAAGAUCAAAGAAGAUUUACCUUAAUGACCCUAAGGAAUUUUGGCUUGGGAAAGAGGACCCUGGAACUUCAGAUACAAGAAGAGGCCAUGUAUCUCACUGAGGCUAUCAGAGAAGAAAAAGGACAACCCUUUAACCCCCACUUUCAGAUCAACAAUGCUGUUUCCAACAUCAUCUGUUCUGUCACUUUUGGGAAUCGUUUCGAAUACCAUGAUUCUCAGUUUCGGGAGCUGCUGAAGAGCUUGAAUCAAGUUUCAGUGCUUCAAGCCAGUUGGGAGUGUCAGUUCUUCGAUAUAUUUCCUAGGAUAAUGAGAUUCUUGCCAGGAGCUCACAAAAAACUCUUUAGAGAAUGGAAGAAACUAGAGUCUUUUGUAGUCCAUGUGAUCAAACAACACAAGGAAGAUUUGAACUCAGAGGAAGCCCAGGACUUCAUUGAUGCUUACCUGAAGGAACUGUCCAAGCACAAGGGUAAUGUCAGCUCUAGUUUUAAUGAAGACAAUUUAGUCGCCUGCACCCUGGACCUCUUCUUUGCCGGAACAGAGACAACUUCGACCACUCUGCGGUGGGCUCUGCUGUAUAUGGCCUUUUAUCCAGAGAUCCAAGGUAAAAUACAAGCUGAGAUCGACAGGGUGAUUGGCCAGUCCCGGCAGCCCACCAUGGCUGAUAGAGAAAAUAUGCCCUAUACUAAUGCAGCCAUCCACGAAGUCCAGAGAAUGGGCAAUAUCAUUCCUCUCAAUGCACCCAGGGUGGCCACAGUUGAUACCACAGUGGCAGGAUACCAUGUGCCAAAGGGAACCAUGAUGCUGACCAAUCUGACUGCCUUGCACAGGGACCCCAAGGAGUGGGCCACCCCAGAAACCUUCAACCCAGAACAUUUUCUGGAGAAUGGGCAAUUUAAGAAAAGAGAAUCCUUUCUGCCUUUCUCAGCAGUUUAUCUUGGGGACAAGAAGGCUACCUUGACGUCACCUGAGCUGGGGUCCAACCCAGGCUCUGAAACCUACUUAGCGUUGCGUGACCUUGUCAGGUCCCUGAUCUUCCUAGAACGUUCCUUCUCUUCUAAAGGAGAAGCUGACUCUCUGGGGUCUUCCUGCCCCAAAGUUGUGGCUCUGUGA